AAGCAGAACGGAGCCCCAUCUCUCGUGCAUAACAGAACACGAGUAAAAUAGUGAAAAUUUUAUCUUAUCGAGCUGCUGAUGUUGAUAAGAAAAUGGUACUCCGCCAGUCUGGAUAUCAGGUAUUUCUCUUCUUGUCAGUCGUCAAGUACGACUAGUGAUCUGUGUCGAUUUCCAGCAGUUCAGUGCCCAAGUCGUAAUGCCCGAGUACGUAAACGUGUUGGGACUUUUUCACACAACGCGGAAAACGCUGUACGUCGGCGGAGCGGCAAUCGUCGCUAUUCUCAUCCUGAUCAUUGGAUUAUCCGUGGGACUUUCUAAUUCUUCCGCCACGUCGGACACGUACUCAGGAAGUCAGGCAUUGACAACGGCGCCACUAAUCGACGGGCAUAAUGAUUUGCCGUACAAUUUGUACGCUUUAUUGAACAAUAAAUUGUCGGAGUUCAAUUUUUCCGCCAAUUUGGAAAAUGAUUCCGUUUGGGGAACGACCGCAUGCUCGUCUUGCUUCACGGAUUUACCUCGACUACAAACUGGAAAAGUUGGGGGUCAGUUCUGGGUGGCUUACACGAGCUGCUCUUCGCAGUAUAAAGAUUCGGUUCAAUUGACGCUCCGACAGAUCGAUGUGAUCAAACGACUGAUCAACAAUUACCCUGAGAACCUGACAUUGGUGACCACCGCUGCUGACAUCGAGACAACAUGGAGUAGUGGAAAGAUCGCGUCACUUAUCGGCGUUGAAGGUGGACAUUCGAUGGAUUCUAGCUUGGCAAUUUUGAGACUUUACUACGAGCUCGGUGCUCGUUACCUCACUUUGACUCACAGCUGCAACACGCCAUGGGCUGACGCUUCGCCAGCAACUGGAUCACCUGUCUACAAUUUAACGGAGUUUGGUCAGACAAUCGUCUGGGAAAUGAAUCGUCUUGGUAUGAUGGUCGAUUUGUCACAUGUUUCUCACAACGUGAUGAGGGAAGUUUUGGCGAUCACAAAAGCACCGGUCAUAUUUUCCCAUUCAUCAGCCUACGCGCUUUGCGAUCAUUACAGAAAUGUGCCCGAUGACGUUUUAGAUUUAGUGAAAGAAAACGAUGGAAUCGUGAUGGUCAACUUUUAUAGCGGAUUUGUAAAUUGCAACGACAGUAGAAACGCAACUAUUGACGAUGUUGUUGAUCACAUAAAUUAUAUUCGAAAUCGGAUUGGUGCCACGCACGUUGGUAUUGGAGCGGAUUACGACGGAGUCAGCAGCAUGCCAACCGGAUUAGAGGACGUUUCCAAGUAUCCAGACCUGUUUGAUCGUCUCUAUAACAAUCUGGACGAUGAGCCAUCCUGGACUAACGAGGAUCUGGAAAAUUUAGCUGGCCGGAAUCUUAUCAGAGUUUUCAAAGCUAUUGAAGAAGUUAGUACAUCGCUGGCCAGUGAGUCGCCGUAUGAGGAUAUUAUAGAUAUUCAAGAAUUGGGUAAUGCUCAGGAAGCGGAAAAUUUGACAGCAGGAGCUUGUCAGACGGCUAUAGAAUGGAAUGAUUACGACCAGUCAACUACCACUGUCACCACUAUCACCACUGAUGCAGAAAGUACUACAACAGUGAACGCGAGUGCCGUCUCCGCAAGGAGAUAACAUUCCAUACUGCUAGUCAGACUUGAUUACAUCCUUUUAGGAUUCAUACCGUAAGGUCCGAAGGACAGAAGAUAAGUUACAAGUAGUGUCCGUAUUGAAUUUGAUCAAACUUAUGCUUUGUCCCGUAUUUCAUGAUGAAAAAGCAAACUAAGUUUUCGAACAAUGAUGACAAUGCAUUGACUUGUGAAUAUCAUGAAAUGCAGAAUAAUUAUUUUGUGACUGAAA